GGCUCCUAUGAGGCAGGAUGUGUCUUUAUUAAGCACAAGCGGUUCACAGAAAAAUCCACUUGGAAAUGUAAAGAUCGCUCCUGGUGCAGUGGUCUGUGUUGAAAGUGAAAUCAAAGGAGAUGUUACUAUAGGACCAAGAACUGUGGUUCACCCCAAAGCUCGUAUUUAUGCAGAAGCCGGACCAAUCAUCAUUGGUGAAGGCAACUUGAUUGAGGAACAGGCCUUUAUUAGAAACAGUUUUCCAGAAAACAUUGCACCCGAUUCUGAUGUAGAACCAAAGACCAUGAUCAUCGGUACCAAUAAUGUGUUUGAAGUUGGAUGUUAUUCACAAGCAAUGAAGAUGGGAGACAACAAUGUAAUAGAAUCCAAAGCAUUUGUAGGUAGAAAUGUUAUCCUGACAAGUGGCUGCAUUAUUGGUGCCUGCUGCCAAGUGGACACUUGUGAAGUUAUCCCAGAGAACACUGUUAUAUAUGGAUCGGAUUGUCUACGUAGAGUGCAGACCGAGCGUCCACAGCCACAAACACUUCAACUGGAUUUCCUAAUGAAAAUUCUUCCAAAUUACCACCAUCUGAAGAAAACAACUAAAAACAUUUCAACCCCAAUGAAAAGCUGAGAGUGGGAUACUGUCUUCGUUCGCUGUGUGUCUGUUGUGCUCAGCAUGAUUCACAUUGUCUUGUAUUGUUUAGUCCAUAUAUAUUUAUGUGUUGGUUCAUAAUUUAUUUUAGGUAUGUUCUGCGGUAUAAAAAUGUUGACACUCAUGACUUCAUAGUUAUGCAUAUCAAAUUCUCAAUUUACUAUUUACAAUUAUAAAGAUUUUUUUUUUUUUUUACAAAAAGUUGUGUCUUAAAGCACAGCCAGCUGAUAAUCAGCAAGGGGUUCUAUCUACAGAAGUAGUCAGUUGCAUGUUUCACCUCUUUUAGCUACAACCAGAACUAUAACACUUUUUUUGUGCUAUAUAUAAAAAUGAGAAUUCUCCUAUGUGUAAGAGAGAACCAACUGUUCUUAUGUAUAUUAUUAUCAAAACAUUUUGCAACUUCAUAUAUACAAAAAAACACAUAAAAUAACACUAAUAAAAAUUGUCAUUUUAAAACAUGCACCAAUAUUUUAUGUUAAAAUUCAUAUACCAGUUCAUGACUUUUAAAUACCUAUGUACAACCCCAUCUGACGCUUGAAUUUUGUAUAAAAGUGCCCAUAUUUUGCCUGUCUCUCAGUUGUCCGAAUUGCUUUUGUUAGAAUCAGACAUUUUGAAAAUGUAAUGAACAUUUGCACAAGAUAUUAGUACCAUUGUCAUUUACAUCAAUAUUUUAGUAAGUAAUACAUGUCUGUAACAUUGCUAGACUAAUAAACAGCUAUGAUAUACACAAUA